AUGGUUCUGUCCACCUCGCAGCAGGUCGCGCUGGCCUUCACGGCCGUGCUCUUCACCUUCGUGGUCCUGCCGAGGCUGUUCGGCGUGGGCGGCGGGACCGCGGCCAAGGAGACCAAACACGACCCCCGGUACACCCGAAAAGGUCCGGGUCCCGGAGGGGUCAGAGGUCAGCCGGUCAACAUGCACGGCCCCGGCUCCCACCAGACCCCCGAGAACAUCCAGCAGAUGAAGAAGCGCAUGGAGCAGGAGCUGAAGAGCGACAAGUACAAGUCCAACAACAACAAGGGCUACGUCUUCACGCUCAUGCCGCUGUACGCCAUCGGGGUCGGCGUCUUCGCCGCCUACAAGUUCCUGAAGAUCAAGUCUGCAGACGACAAGGCACAGAAGGACAAAUUUUCUAAAGGAGCCAAGAAGUCAGCGGAGGCAGAGAACCAGCUGAACGAGCUGGAGCAGCGGCUGGCGCAGACGGAGAGGAUGCUCAACUCCAUCCUCACCCAGCUCGACCCCCUCACCAACUGCGUCAAGUCGGUGGCUCAGGACCAGAAGAACGAGAUCAUGUCUCAGCUGCAGACCAUCCGCUACCUGAUGAAGAAGAGGGGGAUGGACUGUCCGCCUCUCAACGUCAACGACGCCUCCUGCGAGCGUAACCUGGACGACCUGAUAGAGUCGCUCGGCGCCAGUGACACGUCGGAGAAACCUCCGUCUGCGGACACGCCCAGCGCCCCCGAGCAGGCGGGCGGCGAGGCUGGUGCUGCCGCCGCCGCCACCGCCGAGGACCUGAAGGAGCUGAGACCGGACGAGUCGGACGGGGAGGCGGAGGCGGCCGACCAAGACGAGGAGACGGAGGCGGACGAAGAGGAGGAGGACGAAGCUCCGGCGCUCCCUCACCAGGACUCUCGCCACGCCGGCGUGGAGGAGGUGGGGGCGGAGCAGCCGGCGUCCGGCCUCCGGCGCCGCAACCGGCCCGAAUGAGCCCGGCGGCGGGACGCACUGCCAACAUUUCUGGGCUGAAAGGCUUUAAUUCCCAAAGCAUCCUGGUUUCAGCCCUCCGUCGGCCGCCGGAGCGGCUCGCCGUGUGAACAUAGACGUAGAUCCUCCACCGUGACGGCGAGCGGCGGCCAUCUUCAGAAUGAGGGACGCCUCCAGGUUUCACACCAACCUGGGAGGUGACACCCGGACAGUUUGAAUUCCCAUCAGAACUGAGAAGACCUGCUUCAGAUCUCCUCAGCCCCGCCCGCAUGGCGCCAAGCGCGUUCAACACACACACACACACACACACACACACACACACACACACACACACACACACACACACACACACACACACACACGUCACCGUAACCCUGUUUUUAGAGCUGACUCUAGGAAGCAGCCAGCGCUGCAGCAGUGAGACUUUAAAGGAGAUUAUUGUUUACAUGCUUCAUUUAACCUUUUUCUGCCAUAUUUAUCUAUUUAAAUCACACAUUUUUAGCUGGUCUGACAUUUGAAUAAAGAAGGAAAACGUGAAGAAGUGAUGUAAAGUCAAUAAGAAGGGGCAGGUUCUGUGGUCCCAUAUCACGCUCACACUACACGAGUCCGUGCUGCCACCUUCAGGUCACAGUGGGAACAGCAGCCUGCUCUGAUCAACAUAUACUGUUUUAAUCAGGAGGAAAAUGACUUUUAUCAGAAUAUUGUUAAUGAGAAUCAGUUCUCAGCUGGUAAAAUGAAGGUGAAAUCCGGUUUCUGAAGAGGAGCAAGGCCUGGCAGGAUGAAUAUCCGACGUGACGCACAGCCCCGUGGCAUGUCCUUUAUACAUGGAAACCUAACCGUGCAUGUGCGUGUUUGCAUGAUUUUAUUUAUUUUAGAUGAGAUACGACAAUCAUGACCUUUGCUUUUGUGUCAAAUAACACUAUUUACUCCCGUUAUAGCUCACAGUGAGGAGGCUUUCAUCUUCAUCUUCCAGUUGUCCUGUAAAAUAGUGACGGAGUGUGAAAACAAGACCAAAGCAUGUGUUUCUGUACCUGUGCUGUCUGAUGAUUCUUGCCUUAUGUGAACCUACGAUCUGGGAUUUUUAGCGUUUCUUUCGUUGAUCUCUGCCUUAACCGUGUGAGAAUCAUUUCCGCCUGGUGCGUCUUCACACUGCUGUCCUGGACGUGUCUCGUGGCCGCUGAAGGGAAAUAGUCUCAAAUUAAAAUUAGGACAAAAUAAAAUGAUUUGAAAAGAAAAAAAAAAAAGAUGCUGGUUUUGC